GUGUGUGUUGGUGUUGUCAUGUCUUCUAUAACUCGGGUUCCUACUGCCCUCAUUCACUGCAGCCCUUUUCCUCCGGUGUUACAGAGCGAACGAGAACAUAGUCUGGCUUGCCAGAGAUCGUCGACUUAACAGCAGCUUUGUGCUGAAGAAGGUUGGUUAAAGUGGACGGUGCCAAUGAGUCUGAUUGUCCCUGUCUGCUGUGUGUACAUGUCCCAUCGAGGGUGAAAUCUGCACCAUGACCACAUCACACUGGACCCUGGCACUUAUAGUUCUAUGUCUCAUCCAGGGAUGUUUGUCUACGAAUGAAUGGGGUGUUUCAGUUCUAGGACCUCUUCCUGCAUUGGAAGGGUCAUCUGCGAUCUUUAACUGUUCUUUCUGGUACCCUGGUACACUGCAACCUGCACGCAACAUAAUUGCCAUUUGGUUAAAAGACCCAUGCCUCGAAGGUUCUGAAGAACUAUACAACAGUAACAAUCCGAAUCGGGACCCUGAUGUAGAGUGGAUUGGAAAUCUGGAUCAGAAAAACUGUUCUCUUCGAAUUAAAGAUGUUCAGAAAAAGCGCAAUCACAUUUUCUGCUUCAGAUUUAUAAUAGCAAAUAAAAACAAGUGGACAGGAAAGCCAGGCUUACGGCUCAUUGUUUACGCCCGUCCAAGAACACCCGUCAUCUCACCCUUAGAGUUGGUUGAAGGGGUCACGACCAAUUUGAAGUGUUCCUCCUCUAAUAUUGAUGAAAAGACAAAACCCAGUCUAAAGUGGUAUGGUCUACCUGACCAGUCAGCAGAACAAUGCAGCAAAGAUCCAACAGUACUCAGCAGCUGUCUCCGUUUCACCCCAUCGUAUCAGGAUCACAACAAGAUCAUCAAUUGCUCAGUCACCUACAGUGCGUUCGCAUAUUCUGACGAAGCCAGCAUCACUCUCAAUGUAUCAUAUGCACCCAAAAAUGUAACAAUCCGAGGAGAUAAAGGAUCAGAAUUAACAAUCAGAGAAGGUAAUCAGCUCUCCUUGAUGUGCACCAGUAACAGUAAUCCUGAAGCUAUGUACAGCUGGCAUAAGAGGGAGGAAGAAAGUGGUGAGACAAGACUUAUUAAUGGCUCAAAAGGAACUCUAUCCUUCCAGAGUAUUACAAGCAGCCACUCUGGGUUCUACAGUUGUACAGCAGCAAAUCAUGUUGGAAGUAACACGUCAAAAACUUUGGAAAUUCAAGUCCAAUAUGCACCCAAAAAUGUAACAAUCCAAGUAGAUAAAGGAUCAGAAUUAACAAUCAGAGAAGGUAAUAAGCUCUCCUUGAUGUGCACCAGUGACAGUAAUCCUGAAGCUAUGUACAGCUGGCAUAAGAGGGAGGAAGAAAGUGGUGAGACAAGACUUAUUAAUGGCUCAAAAGGAAUUCUAUCCUUCCAGAGUAUUACAAGCAGCGACUCUGGGUUCUACAGUUGUACAGCAGCAAAUCAUGUUGGAAAUAGCACGUCAAAAACUUUGGAAAUUCAAGUCCAAUAUGCACCUAAAAACGUAACCAUUCAAGUAGUUGAUGGAUCACAUUUGGAGGUUAAAGAGGGUGACAAGAUCUCCUUGGUGUGCACCAGUAAUAGCAAUCCUGAAGCUACCUACACCUUGUACAAGAGGGAGGAAAGCAAUGAUCAAACAAGCGCUCUUAGUAAUGUGAAAGGAACUCUGACCUUCCAACAUAUUUCUAGAAGUGAUUCUGGUUUCUACAGCUGUACAGCAACAAAUUACAUUGGGAAUGUGACUUUGAAUGAUUUGGAAAUCUACGUCCAAUACAAACCUGGUGAAGUAAAUGUCAGUCGAGUCGGGAUGAGCUUUAGUUGUAUGGCCCAGGCCAAUCCCCUGGCACAGAUUACAUGGAACUACACAGGUAACAUCAAACCAGUGAUCACUGGCAACUUGACCACCAGCACGCUGACUCUGCGAACAAUGUCAAGGAUUUGUGUUUCAUGUCAAGCUCGAAAUAAACAUGGCCUUGUCCAUUCAAAUGAACAGUGUACCAAUGUAAAAGAGUCAUCAACCGGCAUCCUGGCAUUCGCAAUUGCAGGAUCCCUUGUUGGGAUUGGACUUGUCCUGGCCAUUGUGCUUUGGAUACGAAGGAAAGACUUGUUCAAAGGAAAAAAGUCAGAAAAUAAUUCACAACAGGGGAUGCUGGACUUGCAACAGGGCAACGAGACCACCAUUUCCAACAGCAACAUUGUAUAUGACCGCCCGUGUAUGAACAAGAGUCAAGGUGAUUCACCCAGCAAGGAAUCUGCUGAUACAUUGGUGUAUGCCUCCAUACAGUUUAACAACAAAUCUAAAGGCUUGGAUUCCGAAAAUCCCCAACUCGGACAAAUCAAACCGGGCAGCAAACAGCAAAGCCAUAUUGAUCAAUCCAUCGAUGCUGCUGUGUAUGAGAAUAUGGACAAGUACAAACAAUCUGGUGAUAUCAUCAGAAGAUAUCCAGAAGACGCCGUCGAAUAUGCCUGUGUAGUGUUUAAGAACAAGACUGUUGAUUCAAAAGCAGCAAACCGCUGAGCAGAAUAAACUAUGUUGGCGUCAUUUGGGAAAGCUCAAUUCUGAAAUGAAGGAUAUUGUUUGAGUAGGAUAAUUGGAUUUUCAUUCAUGUGGUUUUGCUUUUUCAAUUCCUGGGAUGUGCAUGUCGCUGGCUGGGCCAGCAUUUAUUGUCCAUCCCUAGUAGGCUCUCUUAUUCAAGAUGGCCAUCUUCAUCUUUCAUCUUUAUCUUCCCGGCGAUGACGCAGGGAGGCGGAGUCAGUGGCGAUGGUGUCUGUGUUGGCAGGAAGGCAGUGACUGCAGAGUGGUGAGCAUGGAGCAGGACUCUACCUUCUCACGGCUCUGCUCCUGGGCCUGGCCAAAAUGGCCAUUAACAGGCCCAGGCAGCGGGUCACGGAGGGACUCAUUGUUCCUGACUGUCUGACACUCUCUCGCGGCUACACCAGUACUCAGGUAUCCCUAGACCAGGAACACUCAGUGCUCACCAGCCUGGUCAAGGGCGCUAUGGUGGGAGCUGGAAUGCAUCUUUGACCGAGAUAUCGGCACGUUAAUUUAGCAAGCUUUUCUUCUGUUGUAUGCCUUUGCAUUAGGCUUUUUGAAUUUGUGUUUGCUUUUGGUUUGGUGCCCCAGCAAGGGCUGUUCCAUUUUGCCAAUAUAUUGUUUUGCAUGGACCAAGGCAGCUUGUAUUUUAACCUCUUGCUGCUCCUGCCCCAGGAGUGCUCAAUGGGAACAGAGCUGAGGGGAAUUUUCUUCCCAGUUACAUCUCGCUGUCCCUAUCCCAGGAUGGGGAUGGAAAUGAGGGAACAUCUUUUAUCGUUUUCUAAACCAGAGGAACUUUAUUUUGUACUAAAAGCAGGACUCUGGUGGAGGUAUCGAGAAGGUGGCUCUCGGUGGUGAUAAGGCAGUCAUAGCAGGAGUGACGGCAGUGGAAGGAUACAUGAAGGAGAAAGAUGGACUCUCUUUAAGUUAUAUUUUUGACCUUAUUUUUAAGUUAAUGGUGCCUGAGUGUGGCGACAGUGAAGCUUUCCUCUGUAUUUUAUCUCAAAUGCACGUGACAAUAAACAAUUCAAUUCAGAA